AUGGAAAUUAACCGGAGCCAAGAGGAUCAAAAGUUGAGCUUACCACCAAUGGACAGCUUGUUCUCCAUGGAGGCUAAGAGAUAUGGAAGACAAAGACUGCCAACCCAGGGAUUGGGUGUUGGAGCCCACUGUGCAGUUACUCUUUUUGAGGACCUGAGGUUUGCAAAUGGAACUGAAAGAUAUUGGAGGAAAAGACUACCUCUUUCAAAUGGGAGGUUGGAUCAAACUGCUGUUGCCGGAAGUGCUCUAAUCAAGAUACUGAAGUCCAAUGAACUAACUUCAGGCAGAGGUGAAAAGGAUCUAUUCCUUCUUGCUGUCUGGACUGCAAAUGGUUGCCAAGAAUCAAAAGUUGAGCUUACCACCAAUGGACGUAUAUGGGAGAGCUUCAAGCACCCAACUAAUACCAUAUUGCCAACCCAGGGAUCGGGUGUUGCAGCCUACUGUGCAGUUGCUAUUUUUGAGGACCUGAGCUUUAUCACAGAAUCCCGAGUACAAGAGGUGGUAGAAGCCUUUGGCACUGUCUAUAAAGGGAUAUUACCAUCAGGUUCUGGAAAUUCUGUUGCUGAAAGGAAGUUGGAGAAGGUGGUGGGAGAAGGUGAGAAAGAAUUCAAAGCAGAAGUGAAUGUGAUAGGCCAAACUCACCAUAAGAAUCCAGGACGCUUGCUGGGUUUUACUGCCAUGAGGGUGAACACCGACUUCUGGUGUAUGAGUUCAUGCACAAUGGCUCUUUAUCAAGCUUCCUUUUCAGAGGCGCCUGAGGACUUGUGCCUGAAUGAAGAAUGCAGUAAACAGAUCAUCCAUUGCAACAUAAAAGCCUCAGAACAUAACUCAUGGAUGAUACUUUUACAGCCAAAGUUGCAAACUUUGGCUGGGAAAGCUUCUGAUAAGCAACCAGACUUGAACACUCACAGGCAUCAGAGGGACUAUGGAGUAUAUUCAGAAAACUCGGGCAGCCUAUAUCUCUUAUAA